GCACCAUGAGGCGCGUGGUACGGCAGAGCAAGUUUCGGCACGUCUUUGGGCAAGCGGUGAAAAAUGACCAGUGUUACGAUGACAUCCGGGUCUCCCGAGUGACCUGGGAUAGUUCCUUCUGCGCGGUCAACCCCCGAUUUGUUGCCAUCAUCAUCGAGGCGAGUGGGGGAGGAGCCUUCCUCGUACUUCCUCUGCACAAGACUGGACGCAUCGACAAAUCCUACCCUACAGUAUGUGGCCACACAGGGCCAGUGCUCGACAUAGACUGGUGCCCACAUAAUGACCAGGUCAUUGCCAGUGGCUCAGAGGACUGCACGGUCAUGGUAAGCUGUGAUAACGUCAUCAUCAUCUGGAACGUGGGGACCGGGGAAGCCCUCAUAAACUUGGACGACAUGCAUUCGGACAUGAUUUACAAUGUCAGCUGGAACCGGAACGGCAGUCUGAUCUGCACAGCUUCCAAGGACAAGAAAGUGAGAGUCAUCGAUCCCAGGAAGCAGGAGGUUGUUGCUGAGAAGGAGAAAGCCCACGAAGGGGCGAGGCCCAUGAGGGCCAUCUUCCUGGCCGACGGGAACGUCUUCACCACUGGUUUCAGUCGCAUGAGCGAGCGGCAGCUGGCUCUCUGGAAUCCGAAAAAUAUGCAGGAGCCAAUUGCCCUUCAUGAAAUGGACACCAGCAAUGGGGUGUUGCUGCCCUUUUAUGACCCUGACACCAGCAUCAUUUACCUGUGUGGGAAGGGCGACAGCAGUAUCCGCUACUUUGAGAUCACGGAUGAAUCCCCAUAUGUCCACUACCUCAACACAUUCAGCAGCAAAGAGCCUCAGAGAGGGAUGGGUUACAUGCCCAAGAGGGGGCUUGAUGUGAACAAAUGUGAGAUUGCCAGGUUCUUCAAACUCCAUGAGAGAAAGUGCGAGCCCAUUAUCAUGACAGUUCCCAGAAAGUCGGACCUGUUCCAGGACGACCUGUACCCAGACACGGCAGGGCCGGAAGCGGCGCUGGAGGCUGAAGAGUGGUUUGAGGGGAAGAACGCCGACCCGAUCCUCAUCUCCCUGAAGCACGGCUACAUUCCAGGCAAGAACAGGGACCUCAAGGUGGUCAAGAAGAACAUUCUGGACAGCAAGCCCACAGCGAACAAGAAGUGCGACCUGAUCAAUGUUCCCAAGAAAGCCGCAGAGACAGCCAGCGUGCAAAACGACGCCAAGCUGGAUGAGAUUUUGAAAGAGAUCAAAUCUAUAAAAGACACAAUCUGCAAUCAAGACGAGCGCAUUUCCAAGUUAGAACAGCAGAUGGCGAAGAUGGCGGCCUGAGGGCCCUGCCCGCCGCCCGCCCUGCUCAGGAGCAAGGGCCGGCACCCGCGGCUGGUGGUGGGUGUGCUCCAUGGGAGGGCGGGUGGCACUGCUCUGGAGACGCCACCUCAGACCCGUUGACCAGCUGGGAGGCCGCAUUCCCGUGAGAGCCCCGAGCGCAGGAACAGACGGUGACUUCAAAGCCAAGCUCGGCCUCAAAAGCUUUUUUGAUGUUCUAAGUGUUACGUGACUUGUUGAACUUCUAAAAAUCCAAAAAAGAAAAAAAAAAGUGCUACUUUAAAACAAAAAGAAAUCCCAUAUUCUGAAAUUUUAGACAACAAACCAAGUCUGAUCCAGUGUCGUGCCCAAGUACCUUUUUUUUUUAAAUGAAUAGGGACCAAGGCCACAUUCUUUUUUAUAUUUCUUCCUGUCUCUCUCGCUCUUUUUUUUUACUAUUGCCAAAACCAAAAGUAGCUUCCCAACCCCUUUGUAGGUUGCUACUUUGCAGUAUUUGUGUGUGAUCUCCCUUUUUUCCCCCUUUAAUUUGAAAGGGACAGCACUGUGUAUGUUUUUAAACUAAAUGGAGAUACUAUUUUGUAUAAAUGUUCUUCUGAGAACAAUCAGAGCAGUAGCCACGUCGUGCUGGCUCCCUGCCAGCACCAGCCUGGUCACCUUCACGUCUGAACAUGUGGCAGACGUGAGAAGUCACAGUGGGUCGAUAGCCCACCCCUCUCUUCUCUGAGUACUCUGAUCACAGAUGUUCGGAUCCUGUCGUCUGCCUGGCCUCGUCUCUUUCUCUCUCCUUCCCUCUCUCUCCUUCUCUCCCCCUCCUCCCUCCCUGAAAUUGAGUGGCCGUAUUGGAAUGGAAUUUUGCUUCUUGGGCAUCCUGUAUUUCGGAUGAUUAUAACCUGCCCUAAAUUA